AGGCAAACGAACAUGGACAGCCUGGGUUAAAGGAGCUUUCAUUUUAUUAUCACCUUCAACUGCGCCCGUGGUUCUUGCCUAGCUAGCACCAGUUGGGUUAACCAUGCGGCUGGGCCUGCGUUAUAUAUAGGAAAGGGGACCUCUGCACCCCUGCCUACCGCUGCCCGACCAACCGCUCUUCUACGACCAAAAAUACCAAAAUCUCACCUCGCACCAACAACAUGUUUAUAUACAUUCCUCGAUCAUGAUAUACGACGUAUGCAUAUAGCUACGGAGAAGCUUGCCGACCAACUGCCAGCUGAAAUCCGUGUCCAAACCUGCAGGAGGAAUUAUCAGAUCGACAAAAAGACACGACAAACACCAUGAUCGGCUCGCACCGGGACCAGGCACAUUUUGGCCGUGCCAAAUGGCGAAAGAGGGUAUUGUUGCCAUGUUGGAUCAUACAGGUCGCUCUUUUAUUGAGUUUAAUGGGCAUCUUCUCGUACCGACUGUCGAACACGAUCAGCGGUUUUGAAGCUGAGAAAGUAAGAGGGGCAGUUCCCAUGGUGGAGUUCGUAUGGGAAUGCUUCAACAUCGGCUUCGCGUUGAUCUCAUUUAUAAUCAACCUGAUCCAGAUUUCCAAGUUCAUCGCUGAGGCAUUGACGCCGUUUGCUAUGAUGUUUGGCAACAUUAUUUCGCUCGUGCUGUCACUGGCGGUUCUUGCCCUCGAUGUCGUCGUUUAUAUUCAACGUGCGGAUCGACAUUACUCAAUUGUUGCGCUCGCGAUGGACUGUGCUCUGCUAUUAUUCACCAUAAUUCCUACUAUAUACGGCGCAAUAGUUUACCGAAGACUUCUGAAAUACGACGACUACCACCUGCCUCACAAUGUGAAACAUUUCGGCUUCUCUGCUGAAGCCGAGACAGCAAAUAACCCGUCCAGGCCGAGCCUCAGCGCUAGUCCUGCUGUACCCUACGAUCCUACAAACUCUGCAAGCUCACGGCCCCGCGGGCCGUCGUUUACGUUCCGCCGCACAUCGUCCAAUGCUUCUGUGUCACCGCAGCCGAGACCCACGGAUGAGCGUCGUGCAAGCUACGGACACAAGCGCGACACACAGUUCGACGAAUACGUAGCACGACGGUCAAGCAUCAUCCUGCAGGAAGGUGUCGAGCGUGCGCUCGGGGCUGAAUUCGGAUGGAGCAAGGAUCGACUAGACGGUGUGGUCAGCGUCGGCUCGGUCACGAGCUCUCAGGCAAGACCGCGCGGCAACUCGCUCGGUAGACAACCGAGCUGGGAGGUGAACGUAGCCGCUGAAAUUCCGACACUAACGGACGAUCCUAUCGGUAUACAACGGGGACGCAGUCUUGUCAGCGUACCCGAGGGGCUGGAGGAAGAGGAGGACAUUGGGGCGAGAAAGGGGCGCCUUAUGAGCAGGGACAGGGAUAUAUUGUUUGCCGGCGAUAUGGAAUCUCGUAGAAUUUCUGCAAUCAGCGCUGCCAGUUACCAGAUUGGAUCGGAAGACAUAGAUUUAGAUGGGAACAACUGGAGAUGAGACCUGUAAUACCCGAAGACGAUAGAUGUGUAUGAAUAGAACCAAAGAUCAUACUGGUGAUUGCAUUCAGCCAGUAUCGACCCAUGGCGGUGUUCAAUGUGAC